CGUUGUGGUGUUGAACGCUCGGAAUUGGGGUGUGUGGGGUUCUUAAUUAUUUGUUUGUUUUUGGGUGGUCAGGACCAGCUCCUUGUUUCCACCUAAAUUGAUCACGUGAAACUAAUUGGAUGCAUAUUUAUCUGGUGGUUUCUAUUCUGUCAACCGUGUGGAUUGCUAUGGCACAAAACCAACUUGGAGGGCCAGAGGAAAAGGACAAAGCUUCAACAGCAUUAAAAGAUUUACUGUCCAGGAUAGACUUGGAGGAACUUAUGAAGAAAGAUGAACCACCCCUUAAGUUUCCUCAAACACUCGACGAAUUUGAAUAUUCGUUUAAUGAAAAGGGACAGUUAAGACAUAUAAAAACUGGGGAACCAUAUGUAUUCAAUUACCAUGAGGACUUGCACAGAUGGAAUCAGAAACGUUAUGAAGCUCUUGGAGAGAUUAUCACACACUUUGUUUAUGAACUUCUAGAAAAAGAAUGUCAUUUGAAAAAGGUUUAUCUCCCGGUGGACGCUACAGAAGAUGAACCAAAGAGCUUCAUCUUUAUGAGUGAAGAUGCCAUGUCAAACCCUGACAAAUUAAUGGUUCUGAUUCACGGUAGUGGGGUUGUUCGGGUUGGACAGUGGUCCAGACGAUUGAUAAUCAAUGAAGAUCUUGACAGUGGCACGCAGAUACCUUUCAUUAAAAGGGCUAUGAAUGAGGGAUAUGGAGUGGUACUUCUAAACACCAAUGAAAACUAUGUAGAAGUGGAGAAGUCAAAGAAACAAGUGCAACCACCAGCAAGUGACACAGACGAGCCGGCAGAAAAGAAAGAGAGGAAAGAUGACAGCCAGAAAGAGAUGAACAAACGGCGAGACUGUUAUGAGAAGUAUCGAAAUCCUCAAAAAGAGAAGGAGACAAAACACAUUCCCAUUAGGGAUAACAGCACUCCAGAAGAACAUACACUCUAUGUCUGGGAUCACUUCAUUUCUAGAUCCUCUGCCAAGAAUGUAGUAUUUGUUGCCCACAGUUAUGGUGGCCUGGUGUUUGUGGAGUUAAUGAUUCACCGGGAGGCAGAAGUGAAGAACAAAGUGAUUUCUGUCGCACUGACAGAUUCUGUCCAUAAUGUAUGGCACCAAGAAGCUGGAAAAUCUGUACUGGACUGGAUGCAGGAGCACUGCCGCAAUUGGGUGUCAAGCUCUGAACCACUGGACACACCAGUAGAAUUCAUGCUACCAGACUGCCCACGAGUCUCUGCAGGUACUGAACGACAUGAACUAACUUCUUGGAAGAGUUUUAUUUCUAUUUUCAAAUAUUUUACUCAAGCUUUAGAGGCACAGAACACUGAAGUAAAAUCUAAGACAACGGUGACAACAAGAAGCUCCCAUCGGAAGAAAAGUGAAGAAUUAUGAAGCAAAAUGUCAUUUCUCUGCUUUAUUUUUGCGCUGGCAGUACCUCAGUCCCUCAUUAGGUUGUUUUCUUCUUGGAGCACAGGGUCAUGGUGUAUACAUCUAAAUAGCAUUUUGCAUUAUUUCUAGAUGAGCGCAACUGUCAAAGCAAUAUGGGUCUGCCGGUUGUGUUUCCUGUGGUCCCCAAGCUCAGAUUUGGUGCCACCGAUCGGUGUGCAGAUCAAGAGUGACAGCAGUUCUGCACAGUGCAACACAGAGCGGCUCUAAUUGCCCUGACACAGCCCUAAGUUGAGCUAAUGCCAUGGGGCUACUGGCUUCCCCUAUGUCCUAAUGCCUGCCAACUACUCUUCAUUAAAGAGACAGCCUCUCCUUUGUCGGCCUAUAUACAGCAGCUUUUAAAGUAGCGAGAAUCACAGUCACUCAACAAUUUCCUUUCACGUACUCAAGUCUUGUCAUAAUUUUCAAGGGACUUCAAAUGCAUUUAAGUCGCUAAAGAUGACAGUUGUUUUUGAUGAUGCCAGCUGUCACUUUUUGUAACUGCUUAAAAAAAUAGCUUUGUAUUAUUGUAUUAUAUGUUUGUUUUACAAGGUAAACUGACAGUACUUCUUAAAGCUGGCGGAUGUUUAAAGAUGCGUUGAGUAAAUUUGAUUCAUUGUAAAUUUCUGUCUGUUGGCCAACAAAUUAUAGCCUUUUUUUUAAAAAAAAGAUAUAAAAUAAAGACAUUAAUCAGAAGGUAUGUAUCCAUUAUGUAAUGUGAUCAAUAAAUGUGUGCUAAUCCCCAGAAAUGACCAGCUGAGUUUUUAAAACCAGAUUGAAAAUUGGACAGUACAAUAACGGUGCCACCCUGACAUUGUUCUCUCAGAGCAUUUAAAACAUAUAAUAAGUAGUUGAAAGAUCCCUGCAAAUAUUUUCUUUCUACAAUUUUGAACUUAUACAAUAUUUUGAUUUUCGUUAGUUACUAGACAAUUUAUUUUAAAAGUACUUAACCUUUGAAGCAAAAUAGAUAUUGGUUCCUUGAACUCGUAAGAAUGGUGCAUUGCUAUCCUUGUUUUAAAUAACAUUUCAUUGUUCAUUUAAAAUAGCUUUCACUUUUGUAACAGUAAGAAGUGAUUUUAAUUCCUCAAAUAUCACAACAACUGUGGAAUUACUAUGUAAGGAAGUGACAUUCCAAAUUCUCAAAAUAUAGAAAAAUGUUAAUGUUAAUAUUAGUUAGGUCUUGCUCGAUCAUCAUAUGUGGAAGUUCAUUUUACAAAUUUACAGUUAGCUCAUUAUUGCUCAAGAGAAGUGAUUCAUUGGCUUUGGAGCAGCUUGGGGAUUCUCCUAAAAUCUAGGACACUAGAAUGGUAAAAUUUGAGUAAUGUAAGGUAUGUUUUAGGACAUGCUUUCAAAAAUCCUUGGUGUAAUUACUCAUUACCUUGUUUAAUCAUUAGUAAUUUGGGGCUUUUGUCAUGCUUUAGAACAUGAUCUAAUAUAAAACAGUGUAGAUUAUUUAGAAUAUUCAAAUUCCUGUUAUUGCCUAGACCUAAAUCAGAAGGACAGCACUAAAAUGCUACAUGAGAAUUAAAAUCUGUGCCUUUGAUUAAAUAUUUAGCAAUAUAAAGUUUAAAAAAUACGAAUUUGUGUAAAACAGCAUAAGAAAUGAUUAAUUCAAGUGAUUUGUUCGAGUUUAUAAUACUACCAGUGCUCUGAAUGGCUGGAAAGCUCCAUUAGGUUAUGUGAAUAGGCAAAAGGGCCCAGGGGAAGCUUAUGGUCGCUUCUUUUGCGCAUGUACAGCUCAGUCCCAUAGAAGCAGGAUAGGUGGUUUCCAGCUGGAGGUUUGAUUGGAGUUUAAAGUCAUUUGACAUUUCCAGCACUUUCUGGAAAAUGACACUGGUCCCUGCAGAACAUGUGCUUUAUCACUCCAUUCUUUGGCUGUGCAUAGAGUUUAAGUGUGAAAAUUGCAAAAUGAACUAUGUUAACCUCAAAUCGAGCAUUUUAAUUGACGGUGUUGACUCAACAGUAUAUCUCCAAACACAACAAAAAAGCUUCACUAUUUUUGUUAUAUAUUAGUCCGGGAAAUGCAGGAAUAGUCAAUGAAAUAUUCUUGGAUUUAAAUUGAUUUGCAUUCUAAUCAUCAAGGCGAAACUGAGAGAAAAAUUGUAACCUGUAAAAUAACCUUUAGCCAAAUACUUUGUAUUUGAUUGUUUUUUAAAGCAAUGAAGAAUGUACUGGUUACAGUUUAAAAAUCCGCUCCACUACCGGGCUCCUUUUAUAUUGAGAGCUAAACGUUGCGCUUCUAAUUGUAAUCGCAAAUGUAAUUAGUCAGAUCUUGAAAUAUUAUAGGCUUACUUUUGAAAACUAUCAUAAAGGAAAGAAAUCACCUCGACACGAUGAAGGCUGAGGAUGACUGACAGCGCUAAGUGAAUAGGGGCUUUCCAGGCAAUUGUGAAUCAGGGCAAUGGGGGGAAAUGUAAAGGAAAAUGAAUUUUCAAACCAAAAAGCUUUAAAGCGGAGCUGUGAUUUUUAUUUGUGAUAGUUUUGAAAUCCAUCUUAUGAAACUGAGGCACUGAAAUGAAAAGUUACAUCCUUCGUUGCAUAAAUCAAACUCGGCAUUUUAUCAAGCUGUAUCGAUGACACAGAUUUUAAAGCAUUGUACUUUCCAAUGACAAUGUUUAAACAAGCUGAAUCCAAAUAAAGGUUUAUUCUCCCUUU